AUGAUCAUUAGCGACGGAGAAAAAUCGUACAAAGAGGUCCUAGGCAGGGUCAAAACCAUUGUCGGAAGCAACUCCUCGGUCAAAGCCAUCAGAGGCCUAAGGAGUACUAAGGAUGGAAAACUACUGCUUACGUUAGAUAAAGAUCAGGCUGCUCUCACAAAUCUCCAUGAAGCGCUAAAGGAUAGCACUACAGGCCUAAAAACCAAAAGGCUAGGAAUGGAAAAGAGAAUAGCCAUACAUCUAAGAGGGAUGGAAGCGGACACCACCGUAGAAGACAUAAGACAAUCCGUCAUAGAGAUCACGGGAGAAUGGGAAGAGGAAAAUAAAAUAAGUGAACUACGCCCGCUAAGCAAUGACACGUUAGCUGCGACUCUCAUGCUUAAACCAAGUCAAUCGGAUAUGAUCCUGGAAGAAGGUUCCCUACGGGUGAGCCUGGUAAAAUGCAGGGUGGAAAAAAGACUAAACAUUAGAAGAUGUCAGAAAUGCUGGUCAUACGACCACUACGCAGAUUCAUGCGAAGGCCCAGACCGCUCGAAGGACUGUUUUAAAUGUGGAAAGAGCGAGCACAGUUCCAAAGACUGUACAAACGAGGAGGCAUGCCCUCUAUGCAAGGAGAUCGGACACAAAAUGGGUACUAUGAAGUGCCCAAAAUUUAAAAUGGCUCUCAAAAAUGCCAGAAUCUGA